CUUAAUCAAUAAACCAUGGCUUCAUAUCUUUUCCUAAAGUUUCAGUGUUUCAUCUUGUUAUUACUAUGGCUGCAAUUAGCAUCUACCACAGAGAUACCGAUCACUGCUUCCUCAUCAAUAGCGAAGCCUGGCUGCCGAGAUAAGUGCGGUAACAUCAGCAUCCCCUACCCGUUUGGUAUGGGCGAUGGAUGUUUCUUGAAUAAAUACUUCAAUAUAACAUGCAAUGAGAGUCUCCCUAAGCCUGCAGCGUACCGGUCGGUCUUUAAUAUCUCGAAUAUAUCAAUUUCUGAUGGCGAGAUGACAGUCGAACAACCCAUAGCCACUGAUUGUUCCGGUGUGGGAAUAGAUAUCUAUAAUAGAUUCAGCAAAUUUACCUUCUCUCAUACUAAAAACAAGUUCUUUGCAAUUGGUUGCAACACAUAUGCAUAUUUAGAAAUAAAUGGUAAUGCAUCUACUGCUACGGGAUGCAUGUCAAUCUGUAAUACAGUGGGGGAUACCACCAAUGGGUCUUGCACUGGUAUCGGUUGUUGUCAGGCAGGUUCCAUUCCAGCUGGAGUAAAAGUGUUUAAUGUGACAGUUGGAAGCCUAAAUGUAUCCCGUCGUUUGGAUUUUAAUCCAUGUAGUUAUGCUUUUUUAGCUGAAGAAAGUUCAUUUAACUUUUCUUCAUCAUAUCUCAAAGAUUUCAAAACUCGUGGGUCCGGAAUGGUUCCUGUGGUGGCCGAUUGGACCAUUGGUAAUGAGACAUGUCAAGAAGCUCAAAGAAACUUGACGACCUAUGCAUGUGGGCGUAACACCGACUGUAUACAUGGCAAAGGUCCAGGUUAUCGUUGUAGUUGUAAACCAGGAUAUACAGGGAUUAAUCCUUAUCUAGAUUGCCAAGACAUUGAUGAAUGCAAUCUGCAAAAGAAUCCAUGUACACAUGGAAGUUACUGCAUAAAUACGGAAGGGAGCUAUCAAUGCCCUUGCAUAAAGGGAUAUACUUCUGAAUUCAGGGAUGGUAACAUGACAUGCAUUCCAAUUCCUGAGAGUAUCUUUCGUAACAGGAUUUUUGUUGGGACUUGCCUGAGCUUAUCGGUUUUACUUUUGAGUCUUGUGACUAGCAUUUGGUUGUAUUGGGGAUAUAGGAAAAGAAAGCAUUUGAAAGUCAAGGAGGAAUUCUUUAAGCAAAAUGGUGGGUUGAUUUUAAGUCGACUCCUUAAUGAACGGCAAGAAGAUGUCGAGACUAGUAGAAAUGGCAGAGGAGGAAAAAAAAAAGCCGGUCAGUUGCUACUUGCUACAAUAUAUACCGAAAGUGAGCUAAGCAAGGCCACAAACAACUAUCAUGAAAAUCAAAUUCUUGGACGCGGAGGGUUUGGCACGGUGUAUAAAGGAACCUUGGCUAACGGAGAUGUGGUUGCAAUUAAGAAGACUAAGAUAGUCGACAGAAACCAAAAUGAACAGUUCAUGAACGAGAUUGCUGUUCUAUCACAAAUCAAUCACAAAAAUGUGGUUCAGCUCUUGGGCUGUUGUCUCGAGAGCGAAGUUACUUUACUGGUUUAUGAAUUUAUAAGUAAUGGGACCCUUCACCAACAUUUACACGAAUAUUCAGAAAAUCAAACUGCUGGUUCCGCUACUCUUUCAUGGGAAAAUCGUUUAAGGAUCGCCUCAGAAGUUGCAGGAUCAUUAGCUUACUUGCACGCCGAAGCUUCAAUACCCAUCAUUCACAGAGACGUCAAGUCAAGUAAUGUACUUCUUGAUGAUGAUUACAAAGCAAAAGUUUCGGAUUUCGGUGCUUCAAGAUUGAAUCCUACCGAUCAAGCUCAGUUAAGUACAGUUGUUCAAGGUACUUUUGGGUACUUAGAUCCAGAAUACAUGUUGUCAAACCAAUUAACAGAGAAAAGCGACGUGUACAGCUUUGGCGUUCUUCUUGUGGAAUUGUUAACAGGUAAAGCAGUAUUUUCUCCAGACAGACUUGAAGAGGAAAGAAAUUUGGCAAAUUAUUUUCUUUCUUCUCUCAGAACCAACAGGUUGUUUGCGAUUCUUGAUGGUAAUUUGGUGAGGUAUGAUGAUAAUGAACGGAUCAGUAGUGUGGAUGUGCACCAACAGAUCCAAGAAACGGCUGAACUAGCACAAAAAUGCUUAAGAGUGAAGGGAGAAAAGAGACCUACAAUGAAAGAAGUAGCAAUGGUGCUACACGGAUUGAUGAGAUCGUCUUCUAGUUAUCCUGGUGGGCGCAUGGAUGAUGAGGAAUUACCAAACAACAGCAAAGAAGAAUUCAUGCUCUUGUUAGAAUCAGCCAAUCUGUCUUACACGGACAGCAUGACAACAAUCGGUGAUAGUAGCAAAGGAACACUGGCCUUAGAAACCGAGGGACGUUAAUGUAUUUUGCGCAAUGAUUAGAAUUGUUUCCCUGUUGUAUCUUAAUUCUUAACGAACUAUAUGUACUCAGAUUUCUAGAAUGAAAAUGCAAUAAAUAGAUCUUCUAAAUGCAAUAAAUAAAUCUUCACCAAA